AAAAGUUGAAUGUCCUUGAAUAGAAAACAAAUCUUUGAUCUUUAUCCCAAGAAUAGAAGCUGCGAAAUCCCAUUCCACAAGGAAAUCUCCCAAGGUGUCUUUAAGAACCUGAAGCCAAAGGAGAAAGCAAAGGAGGAGGAAGGCCAUAAGACAUGGUAGAUCCUGUCGAGUUCUUGGUAUCAUCCAUUUGCCUUCUUGUGCAGAUAUUCUACGUGGUUAGAAAGGCAAUCUCCAUGGGUCUUUGCACCACUUCUCCUACACAUGCUUCUCCUCCUCCUCCUCCUCCUCCUCUCUCGUGGAAGAGCCUCAUAGAGCCGCAUGUUCUCGCGAACAAGCGGGCGAAGGAGGCUUCAGAUCGUUGGGUGCACCCCCCCGUGGAGGAAAUGGUUUCAGGAUCAAAGAGCUUAGUCUGUGUGCCAAAAGGAUGCCCGCAGGAGAAUUUAGCGUUGGAGAAGAUGGACCAGGAUAUGAAGGCUGGAAGUUUCAACGGAGAGAAGGUUUCACCUUCUAUAUUGAUUCAUGAAGGCCGAAAGCAAGAGAAAUUUGAGGGUAGAGAAUAUGGCCAAUCUAUGACGGAGAUUUCAGAGUUGGAUUAUUCCUUGUCGACAAGCAAGGUGCAUGAUCAGGAGAAGGCACCACGUAGGACGAGAAAGAGACCGGCGAAGUUGGUGAUACCGGAAGCUUGUGUGAGCUCGGAGUUUGCUGAGGCGUGCAAGGAAAAGGAUACGGCUGAGAAAGAAUUGGAGGUUGAGGGAAGUGAAUUUUGUUUGGUGAGUAGAAAAGGGCAGAGACGUGUCAUGGAAGAUGGCUAUGGGGUUAUAACCAACAUUCAUGGAGACUCAAAACAGGCAUUUUUUGGAGUGUUUGAUGGGCAUGGGGGGCGCGCAGCUGUGGACUUCGUCUCCGAGAAAUUGGGAAAGAAUAUCAUAAGGGCAGUUGCUGAACUAGACAAGGAAGAAAACCAACUAGAACUAGCAAUUAGAUCAGGCUAUUUGGCCACGGACAAGGAAUUUCUUUGUAAGGGUGUGAGCAGUGGAGCAUGUGCAGCUACUGCAUUCAUUAAGGAUGGAGAGUUGCAUGUAGCCAAUGUUGGUGACUGCAGAGUGGUUAUGUGUAAACAAGGAGUAGCAAAUGCCCUCACAAGGGACCAUCGUGCUGGAAGAGAAGACGAGCGCAUUCGAAUCGAGAGCUCGGGGGGAUAUGUGAGUUGUAGCAAUGGAAUAUGGAGAGUUAUGGACUCGCUUGCUGUCUCUAGAGCAAUUGGAGAUGUAAAUAUGAAGGAGUGGAUCAUCUCUGAGCCCGAGACCAAUAAGCUCAGAAUAACUCCAGAUUGCGAGUUUCUAAUAAUGGCCUCUGAUGGCUUGUGGGAUAAGGUAACUGAUCAAGAGGCAGUGGAUGUCGUUAUGAGACAUAAGAACUCCUUGAAGUCUUGUAAAGAUCUUGUGGACAUGUCCUGCAGUAGGGGCAACAGGGAUGAUGUUACGAUCAUGGUGGUGGACCUUCAAAGAUUUGUACAGUUAGGUGGUUAGAGAACUUAUAAUACAUUAGAAAAUCUCAUUUGUCCGCAAAAAGGAAGAAAAAAAGGCUUCAGAAUAGCUUCUGCCAUUGGAGCAAGAGAAGGAGCAAAUGGUCAAAGGAGACACCCUAGUGGAAGCAUUUCAUCUUUGUAUAUUCUGAAAGCAGAAAAUGUUAUGGUGCGCAGUCCCUACGUACGGAAGAACUCAAACUUUGAAAAGUAGAACUAGUGAACCAGAUAUUAGAUUAAAAUUUUGGGAUAGUGAGAUGAUUAUUACAAUAGCUAGCGAAAUGAUUCUGGAGCUUAGGUCGUUGGAAGAGUGGGAGGGACUAAUCCUUGUAAAAUUAUAUUAAUAAAAACUUUUUUGAUAGUAAAUUAUUCA